GUUUUCUGGUUCCUCUCACUAGAGCAUACUGCCCCAUUGAAGUGCCCCAGAUUGGUCAUGCCAGUUUGACACCUUAGCCAAGGCGGUAAAGGCCGACUUGGACGGUUAAUCACCGCCUCCACAAUUCGCACUCACUCACAGCUCUUUACCUAGGGAUUCCAACUGUCAUCUUCAGCAUUCAUAAUUAUCAUUUGUAUUAGUGUUUAACCUUAUCUUAGUUAUUACUUCUAUUCUUGAUUCUUUUUUUUUCUUUUGGUGGGGAGAAAUAUCAACCCAUUUACCAAACAGUCUUUUAUCAUGGAUGAUGUUCUUGCAUCUGUCCAGGAUAUCUUCGAAGGCCAGAUAGACUUUCAUGGCCAACACAUGGCUGAAAUAUUGUCUACGGCUCUUUUAAUUUUAUCUGGGGUUGUUGCUUUCCUCGCCGGAUAUAUCUAUCGGGAUUUACAUCUCACACUCUGGGUCGGCUUGGCAGGUACACUGGUAACUGGACUGGCUGUUAUCCCUCCUUGGCCUGUGUACAAUAAGAGCCCUGAGAAAUGGCUUGUUUCGUCAGCCGGGAGAGUCGGUGGCGCACGGGUCAUGGUAGACGGAACUAAAGUGGCAUGAAGUACAAGCAUGAUUCAGGGGAGAUUGACUCGGAAGAUACCGAGUCGGACACUAUUUAACUCUGCACAACCAAGAAGCCGCAUUUAUCAUCAGAGUAACCACCGCAAAGGUGCGAAAAACAAAUCCGAACGCCAUCCAGAUCAUUUCUUGCCCGCCUCUUGCAUAUAAAAAUCCAUGACACCAUGUAGGUGGAAGCUUCAGCAAUCAGAAGAUCCUCUAUAAAACCGCGUUCACCGGCCGUACUUCUGAAAUUCCCAAUCUCGGUUAUCCAAGGGGCAAACCUGGCGAGUUUUCAGCCAACGGGAUAUGCAGUGGAAAUGGAACGCGUGCUAGAGAAGAGAAAGUUGGGUCAAUAUUAAAUUUUGUCAAAAAGCCUGGGACAUCUGGACU